UCAAGCGUUGCCUCAGGCACUGCGCAUGCGCUCUAGCUGCUUGCUGUCACUAAGACAUUUUUCAUCGCGGUGGAAACUGUCACUGGUGACGUCAAUCACCGAGCGCUGACCAAUUAGAGUGCAGGGUGAUUGUUUAGCUCCACGGGCUGCAGCGCCUACCAUGAAUCUCUAUUCAGUAUCAAAGCGUCCUGCUGCUGCCUCUCAAGCGAAUGGGAUUCCAUGUUGUCUGCAGAUAGACUUAACUUUAUAAAGUUUUUUUUCUUUAUUUUUCAUUGCGAUUAAAAUAUAUUUGUCAUCAUCAUUAUUAUUUUGCCUGCUGUCAAGUUAUUCCAAAAUUAGGAAGUAAUGAGCGUGGAUGCAUUGGGAAGCCCCGUGAUGGACCCUACGUUUUCCAAACGGAACACGGCGCUGAGAUUAGUUGACUUGGCAGGGGCUCACCACCAUCACCAUCAUCACCACCAUACCCCUCAGAGCGUGACAGGCUUCCCGGGGUUCAGCAGCCAUCCACACUCAAUGGCUCACUCGCACCCUGGGGAGAUUACUGCGGAACCCCGCCUGGGGCCGAGUCCAUUCGGGCCAGAACACAUGGGGCACUCCGCGGCCCUCAAAAUCAGCCCAGCCCAUCAUUAUCCCCACCACCAUCACCACCACCACAAUCAUCAUAUGGCAGGCCACAGUGAAGUGGUCUCCAGUCAAACGGGAGCUUUUGGCCCGGUUCAGGCGACGUCGGUGCCCUAUUCUAUGUCUCACACGGCCCAGGCUCUAUCCGCAGGUAGGGAUUUCCUCAUCCGGAGAGAUCUGACAGCUCAAGCCAUGCCGGUACUGACUGACCAGACUGCUGGUUCAGCCUCUCACCACGGAAUGUUUGUCUCAACAACAGGUAGCUAUCCCGGACACUAUGGUCACCACCCGGACGCCGGGAACCAUACCACCCUCUUCUCCGGACUUCACCACGAGCAGCCUUCUAGCGGAUCCCCGGGCGGUCAGGCGCUGAAUGGACAAAUAAGGUUAGGACUACCCGGAGAAAUGUAUGUCAGGUCCGAUCACUUGAGCCAAGUGGCGAGCUCCAGGGCUGAUCCGUUCUCCGCGUCGCCUUUGCACGGCUACGGUGGUCUAAAUCUGAACAUGAAUCUGAGCGCGCACCACCACCACCACCACCACCACGGAGCCGGCGCCUUUUUCCGCUACAUGAGGCAGCCCAUAAAGCAAGAGCUCAUCUGCAAGUGGCUGGAGCCGGAGCUGUCGCCGAAGAAACUUUGCUCCAAAACUUACAGCACCAUGCACGAACUGGUAACGCACGUGACGGUGGAGCACGUCGGAGGACCGGAGCAGGCGAACCACAUAUGCUUCUGGGAAGAGUGCCCGAGGGAAGGCAAACCGUUCAAAGCAAAGUACAAACUGGUGAAUCACAUUCGAGUGCACACCGGGGAGAAACCGUUCCCAUGCCCGUUCCCUGGCUGUGGGAAAGUGUUUGCCCGAUCCGAGAAUCUAAAGAUCCACAAAAGGACGCACACAGGUGAGAAACCCUUCAAAUGUGAAUUUGACGGCUGCGACAGACGCUUCGCCAACAGCAGCGACCGGAAAAAGCACUCCCACGUGCACACCAGCGACAAGCCCUACAACUGCAAGGUGAGGGGCUGCGACAAGUCCUACACGCACCCCAGCUCCCUGAGGAAACACAUGAAGGUGCACUGCAAGUCCCCGCCGCCCAGCUCGGGCUACGAGUCGUCCACCCCCUCGCUGGUGUCCCCCUCCUCGGACCUGGGCCGGGAGCCCGGCGGCCCCUCGGUGCUUUCGGAGCCCGCGGGGGCCUCGCAGCCCGCCAACCUGAGCGAGUGGUACGUGUGCCACAGCUCAGGUGCCAGCGGCGCCCAAACACCACCCAGCGGCCACUCCACACCCGACCACACAGCCGAGCCCCCUUACAGACACCCGGAGCCCAGAGACGCGUUCUAACCCGACGGGUUCCUGUGCCAGAACACGUGCUUUAAAGAGCUGGACUGCACGAGCGAGCGCAGCGGCUUUUUGGUGCCUAAAGAUGUGAGGGCCCCGCUGCUCCACAACACCUAAUCCUUUUAUUCUGUUCUCCAAAUUUUGGAUAACUCAACCCAACACACACACACACACACACCC